CGGUAAUUCAGGCUGUUACGUCACACGGUUGCUCUUCGUAAGGUUCACUCCUCCGUGUGCGACGAAGAGCCACAAGGCCAGUCAGUCAGUCAGUUAAAACUCGCCUGCCAACACAGCAGACACACACACGAAUACUACCGGAAAAGAAUAUCAGGAUGAUGGCCGAGACGCAGGUUCCGCCGGCGCAAACGGUGCCGCAGCAGCAGCAGCAGCAACAAGCCGCGCAGCAGGCGAGCGUGAAGACGGACCCCGGCCAAAACCCCGGCGGCAGCCUGCACUGGCUCCAGUUCAACGUGGCCUACUUCCUCGGCCCGCCAGGCAUCCUGAAACUGGCGCAAGUGCUGUUCGGGAUCAUUUGCAUGGCGUGCGCGUCGCCGGCCCGCAAGGACGGCACCCACUGGUUCCUCUUUGUCGCCGUCACCGCCUUCAUCGCCACACUCGUCUGGGUUUUCCUCUACCUGCUGUCCAUCAGGGAGGCGCUCAAACUGCCCAUCAACUGGACCCUCACUGAGUUUGCCAACUACGUUGUGUUCACGGCGUUGUACGUGAUCGCGUUCAUCGUGCAGCUGUCCGUGUGGAGUCCGACGAACGACUACGGCCGCGCGGCCAACAUCGCAGCCGGCUCAUUCGGGCUGUUCAACUCGUUGGCCUACGCGGGCAGCACUUACUUCCUCUACCUCGACUGGCAGGCCGGGGUCAACCCGCAGCAGCAGCAGUGACCGCAGAGACUGGCCUGAGCGCAGCCAACGCCAAAUAUCAUAUCAAACAGAAAAAGCUGAAUUGAAUUUUGGAUGCAAUUCUAUUCUACUACUUUUUAAUUAAUUGUUAAAAAUGCUACAGUUCAACAUUCCCUUUUCAAAAUCCAAUUUUGAACCCAACAAGUCUCGCCUUUGUAUUCUUAAUGUAAUACUUUUGCCAUCAGCUUGUUAAGUUUUUGUACAUAGUUUUGUAAUAUUUUAAUACUUGACGUUUAAUUUUGAUCUGAAUCAAACAUUUCAGAUAUAAAAGGAUUAUUUUUAGGAAUAAAUACGUGUAAUAAAAAUAUAAAUAGAUUAAAAUUA